AUGGGCUUCGUACGGACGAUUAGACUUCUAACGGCAAGCAAGUUGUUGCAGCAGGCGACGGCCUUUGUCGAGUAUGGCGAUGUCAGCCCAGCCAAGAUCAAUCUCGGAAGCACGAUCACACUGGACGCAACGACACCAUACACCAACCAAAGCAUUACGCUGACGCCAUCAACGCCCUUCCUUACCAUUGACUACGGUACCGAGAUAGCUGGUCUCCCCUUCGUCGAUGUUGCCUCGCUUUCUGGGCCGACACAGAUUGAGGUCAAGUAUAGCGAACAAUAUCCCGCUCUGCUCGAACCACAAAGUGAUGGACCAUGGGUGUUCUUCAACGGACUUUCGAACACUUUCCGGGUCGAGACGUUUAAUCUGACGACGAAGGGAAGAUCGGAGUCUUUCUUCAUCCAGGGAGGCCAAAGAUGGGAGACUGUACGCCUCCUCACCAAUACAUCAGUCACCUUCAGUGCCAUCGGCAUGAAUUCGACAGCUGCCCGUGUCUCACCAAAUAAUAUGCCUGCCACUUUCACCUCGUCGAACGAUGUCUACGACGAGAUCUACAAUUUGGGCGCUCGAUGUGUGGAGGUCGCUUGCGUAGAUGCUGGCAAUGCUGUGUCGACGUUCGAGAUCACCUCCCAUGGCGUCUUGCUCAGAAAUCAGCAGGCUUCGCUGUCCAUCAAGAGCACGUCUUUCGCCAACUACUCCAUGUCCUUCAUGACCAAGAUCGUGCGCAGUGGAACUGGUUGGAAGGUCGCUGCUGGUAUUGGACCUUACGGAGCUUCGUUCAUAUUGACCUCGGACUAUCCCACUGAUAAUACCUUACUCAAUACCAAUAGGACUCUGGUACCACCGAACACUCUGGUCUUCAAUUAUGGUUGGUGGAUCGUAAAUCAGACGACCCUUGAGUCGGGCUGGAACCAGUACUUCCCACUUCAGCAGACGAUCAAAGAGGACCAGUGGUACGACAUCUCCACCACGUUGACUGCCGCAGGAUACAACGUCACUUUGGAUGGCACUCCGAUCGCUUUCGUUCCUGUUGCGGAAGCUGCCUUGCUAGCGGCCACUGGAGCAAGAUUUGGCUCAGGCUCUCCCACUGCAGGCUCAUUUGGGUUUGGUCCUUUUCAGGACGAGAUAGCUUACGUGAAGGAUGUCGUCGUGGUAGCCAACAAUGGCACUGAGCUAUAUCGCAAUGACAUGACUACGAACGAAGUUCUGACGGAGUAUAGUGUACAGGAUCUGGAACACUCGAUAUGCAUGGAUGGCGCGAAACGGGAUCGACUUGUAUGGAUUGGUGACUUCUAUCACACUGCACGAAUCAUUCUGGCAUCGACGAGGCGUACAGACUAUCUUCUAGGUACUGUUGGUUAUGGUUACCUUUGGCAAAUGACCGAAGGACCGUUCGCAGGUUUCGUGCCUAUAAGCCCACAGUUGGGAUCUGACCCGGCCAACAAAGAUGCGUUCAUAAGCCAGUAUGGCGGGCUGAUCGACUAUCAAGACUUGUUCCUUUCGGGCAUUGGCAACUACUUCCGUGCUACUGGUGACAGCCAAGGCUUGUCACAGUACUGGCCAAACAUCAAAGCUCAGGUCGCCAGAAGAUUGACCUACGUUGAUCCCGUCACGGGGCUGAUGGCGGGCGAGGACGCCUUCUACUUCCUUGGACCGGUCAAUGGAAGCGCAGCCACGGCUUUGAGUGCUUAUACGCUACGACUGCUGGUACCUUUGGCCGAAGCCUUCAGUGACCUCCCGACGGCGACUUUGUGGAAUAACACUGCCAACAGUCUCAGCGCGGCUAUAAAUCGCGAACUCUGGAAUCCUGCGCUCGGCGUAUACUCAUUGUCAUUGACCGAUCGUGGAAACUUCUCUCUGACAGCAAUUGCUUGGACCAUACUGUCAGGGACCGCUAACGCCACUCAAGCCGCAUCCAUGGUAGCGAAGAUGGACACUCUGCGUCUGGGUGUUGGCUAUAAGACUAUUUCCUCCGAUCCAAACUUGAAUACCACGAACCUAUCCCCGAACACUUGCGGCUUCCUCCUUGAUGCACUGUUCAAAGCUCAUCGCGACCUUGGUGUGCAAAACUUGACCGUCGCUAGGACGCUCCUGGAUGAUUUCUGGUCCAAGAUGGUCACGGUAGACGAAUACUACUCCGGGACUUCAUGGGAGUACCUCUAUGCUGGUAACGGCGCGCCAGGUCUCGAUCUUUUCACCUCACUUGCACAUCCGUGGGGCGGAGCACCAACCUAUGUCUUGCCUGAGUAUGUCCUCGGGAUUGCUGCAACAUCACCAGGGUACAAGACAUGGGAGUUUGCGCCUGUACUGAAUGGCUUGGGCCUUGACCAUGCUGAAGGUACCGUGGUCACUCCAUACGGAGAUAUCAAUGCAAGCUGGCAGAUCCUAGGUGGUGGCGUAGUUGUACUGAGUGUCAAUGCGCCGGCAGGUACUCAAGGCACUCUGGUCCUACCUAACGACAAUGCUGAGGCGGAGUGCGAUGGCUGGAAACAUCGCGGCGGCAAGAUGCAAUUGUCUGGUAGCGGCAUGAAAAAGAUCACUAUGCAUCGAUGGUAA